AUGGAAAUAAUCAAAUAUGGAUAUGUUUCGUAUGGAAAUAUAGUGAUUAAGUUGAUCGCGUCGCCGGGAUUCACUCACGUUUCCGCAGCUCUGAUUUCUGUCUUCAACGCCAAGUUCCCUCAAGUAGGCCAUCUUUUGCUGCGGAGGAUCGUACUGCAACUGCAGAGGGCGUAUAAACGCAACGACAAGACACAACUAGUUGCGGCGGUGAAAUUCAUAGCUCACCUGUUGAAUCAGCGGAUAGUUGAUGAGCUUAUCGGCCUUGAGCUGCUGACGUUGCUGCUGGAGAAGCCGACCGAUAAUAGUGUUGAAGUAGCUGUUGGGUUUGUUGCAGAAUGUGGAUCCUUGCUGCAGGACCUUUGCCCCAAAGGAAUGAAUUUGUUAUUGUUUAGAGGGAUUCUUCACGAAGGAGAUAUAGAUAAGCGUGUCCAGUUCUUGAUUGAAGGCCUCUUUGCGUUGCGGAAGGCAGCAAAGUUUCAGAUUAUGCGUCCAGAACUGGACCUGGUGGAGCAGGAUGACCAAUUCACUCAUCAAGUUUCUCUCUUGGAUGAGAUAGAUGGUGACGGUGAUUUAGAUGUCUUCCAGCCAGAUCCCCAGUUCGUGGAGAAUGAGAGGAUGUAUGAGGACCUAAAGAGGCAAAUACUACCUGAAGAUGAAGAUGAAGAUGAUGAAGACCAAAUUGCAGAUUCAGUGGAUAGCAAUGAGGAAGAGGACGAGGAGCAGAUAAAAGACGAGACCGGGACAGACUUGGUUAACCUCCGGAGAACCAUCUAUUUGACAAUCAAGUCAAGUCUUGAUUUUGAAGAAGCUGGACACAAGUUGUUGAGGAUCGACAUAUCUGUUCUGGAGAAGGAGCUGUGCAUGGUUUUGGAGUGUUGCGGUGAGCAGACAAAUUACCUCCGCUAUUACGGACUCCUCGGGCAGAGGUUGUGCAUGACGAACAGAAUAUACCAGGAGACAUUUGAAAAAUGUUUUGCCGACCAGUACUCCAAAAUUCACCAGGUGGAGACAGUUAAACUGAUAAAUGUCGCAAAACUAUUCGCUCAUUUGCUGGCCACGGACGCGUUGCAGUGGCGCAUCUUGGACUGCAUUCAGUUGACCGAAGAGGAGACUACUUCUUCGUCUCGGAUCUUCAUCAAGAUUCUCUUGCAGGAGCUGUCCGGACACCUGGGACUCCGGUUGCUUAAUCAACGCCUGAGUCAAGACUCUUUCGAGUCUAUUUUUCCCAAGGACAAUCCGAAGAACACUAGGUUUGCUAUCAACUUCUUCACUUCCAUAGGACUUGGUGGGAUCACAGAGAACCAGCGUGAUUAUCUCAAGAACAUGCAGAACGAAGGCAAGCAGAAGAAAAGGAAAGUUAAUGUAUAGUAUAGUACUCCUAGUUAAUCUCGUGGUGAUGUAUACAUUAAUCCCGUAGUGAUAUGAGUAUUAACUUUUUGUAGCAUGGUUAUCAUCUAAAGAUUUUGAAAUGUGUAAAAGGCUAUAGCCUAUAGAUGUGAAUUGAAAUAUAUUUCCAUAA